GGCUACGAACUGCAUUCACAUCUCGCUUUUUGCUUUUUCCAAAUCAAAUCUCUGAAGUUACUUUCCAUAAGCAAUACAUAUCAGCCAAUACUUUUUUCGUUGCGACGUUUCGGUUAACCCUGACGCCAUUUCAAAGCCUAGUAAUGGCCAACCCAAAUGAACCGGACUUGAACAUCACUCGCGAAAAUAUCGCUUUUUUGCAACUUUUGAACUCCACAGGCAAUUUUACGGUCGCUUACGAUGGAUACAAUGUUUCUAUAAUAAAUUUAAUUUUAAAACAGCUCUCGUGCUACGGAGAGGAGAAGUCACAUGAACACGACAUUGACAGGGAAAAUGGAACUUUUCUCGUGAAUAAAACUGGCGAAAGAUUGUUACUGGAUGACUACACUAUUGUUAAAGAAGAAGGUGGAAAUGUUACAUUAUGUCGUAAAUUGGUCUUGUCAGAUUGUUUGGGAGGAUCUUACGUUCCGUUAGCUCCAAACGAAUACAGGACUUUUCCUAAUUUAUCAGUUUAUUACAAAGCAACGAACCGAACUUUCCAUUUCGGAGAUUAUCUGAUCAGAGAAAAUAGCAACGUCACAUCUGAAGACUCAGGAAACUCGACAAUUGCCAUUUGUUUGCCUUUCAAAACCACGUUCAACGAAACUGAAGUAAAAUACAAAACAAACCGAACAAGUUAUGCGUUACAAAUUCUGACUACGAGUGGUUUUAGUGUUUCGAUAACCUGUUUGUUUCUUCUUCUGUUAACUUAUGGAUUAUUCAAAGAAUUGCGGACAGUUCCUGGAUUGAAUCUGAUGAACUUGAGUUUUUCCAUGUUUCUGUCCCAACUCGUAUGGCUGGUGGGUACCUCUCAUUUCACAGGGACAACCACAUGUAAAGCUUUCGCCAUAGUGGGACACUAUCUUCUGCAAACAUCAUUUCUGGCCAUGUCCGUCAUCUCACAUCAUACCUGUCUCACGUUGUCAAAUCCCUUCAUUGGACGAAUCGUCAACAAGUCUUUUCGACGAUUUAUCGCGUAUUCAGCAUUCGUGUGGUUAAUUCCUGCCAUUGUGAUCGCAAUUUGUGUCAUUUUGGAUGAAACAGAAGUGUUCCUAAUAGAUUAUGGAACAAAUUGUUGGAUGGAAACUGCAAAUGCUAAGCUAUAUUUGUUUCUGUUACCCUUGGCUAUACUUCUACUGUAUAAUAUCUUCAGAUUUAUCCAAACAGCACGUGGUUUAUCUCGUCAUAACAAGGACAGAAAAAUGUUACAACAGAAAGAAGGAAAACAAAAUCUUCUCAUCUGCGCAAAAAUUGCGACGUUGGUCGGCUUUCCCUGGCUGUUUGCUUUCUUUGGUGUUCUGUUUCCCGAUGUUGAAGCCUUCGAAUAUUUGUUUGUUAUUUUCGUUUGUUCACAAGGAUUGUACAUUGGCGUCGCUUUUCUGUGCAACAAAAAAACUUUGAAACUUUAUGUUGAUCGAUGGAACGCAUUCUUGACGUCACGAGAAAAUUCAUCUUCACAAGCGACUGGUGCGCUGACCUUUGAAAUGACAUAAUGAAAAUGCGAGCUAGAUUUGCAAAUCUUGAUUUCACUUGGGUGUAAAUACUAAACGAUA